AAUUUGAAAGAAAGAAUGCAUUAAAGAAGGCAUCACUUAUUAGAAAGCUAGUCACUCCCAAGUAAAAGAAAGGCAAAAAUGUAUCUGAGCACUCGAAUGAUUUCCAGGAAAUCUUAAAUGAACUAGUUAUAGUUAAACUAGUUAUAAUUUCCAAGAAAUCUUGAAUAAUUUUGUUUUAUCGUUUUUUAAAUACUCACUGUUAUCUUCAAAGGAAUCCCUAUCCCCAAAUGCCCACUGCAAGCAAUUUUGCUUGCCUUUCAACCGAAUCCAAGCCCUAUAUCUCUUUGUUUAUGGUAAAUCUGUUUGUCCUCGUGGCCUGAUGAUGGGAAGAGCUAUCUCGUCGAAGUUGCAGGCGAAUCCCUCUCUAUUGCAGCUUCGAGUGCAUCUCAAUUUGUUGGGAGGUCCCUUGAAUCUUGAGUGCUUGAUUGAAGGAUGGUUUCGAUUGCUGGCUUUCUCACAGGUAAUUGUCUCCCUGUAGUCUUCUUCUUGGUUUCUAUUUCUUGGCUUAUCCAAACAUCAGAGUUGGGAUUUUGGGUUUUGAUUCCUAAAAAAACAAAUAAUAAUUAAAGGCGGAAGGUGGUGGUGUGACCAUGCGGUAAUGGUUGUGGCCUUGUGGUGGGGUGGGUUGGAGAUAGGAAUUAUAACUUCCUGCAGUCGUAGCUUCUGUAUCAAGAGCUUCUGACGGAAGCCCAGAAUAAAAGCAGCAAGCUUUG